AUGACUCAGAAAACGAAAGUUAAGUCGUGGAACGAGCUGAAGCAAGCCGGGAACGAGUUCUUCAAGGCGGGCCAGUACGGAGAGGCCACCCGCUUCUACAGCCAGGCCAUCGACGAACUACACAAGUCGAAUCCCAAAAAUGUGGAGGAUUUGAGCGUUUUGCACUCCAACCGCGCUGCUAGCUACCUCAAAGAAGGAAACUGUGCCGAAUGUUUCAAGGACUGCAACAUCUCUCUGGAGUUGGUACCGUUCAACGUCAAAUCCUUGCUCCGGAGGGCCGCCGCCUCGGAGGCCCAGGAGCGUUAUCGCCAGGCCUACGUGGACUACAAGACCGCCCUUCAGCUGGACGCCAACAUAGCGGCGGCACACGACGGAGCCAACAGGAUGACAAAAGCGCUGACAGAGGUGGACGGUCCGGCAUGGCGCGAGAAGCUCCCCGCCAUCCCAGUGGUCCCCCUGGCGGUCCGCGAAAAGAUGAGCCAAGCUGCCCCGCGGCACAACGGCGCCACGGGGGACGCCUCGACCAACGACGCACGGCGAGCCAAGGCGCUCAAGGAAGAAGGCAACGCCUUGGUCAAGAAGGGCGAUCAUGCCCGCGCCGUCGACAAGUACACGCAGAGCAUUCUGUGCCACGACAAAGAAGCUGCCGCCUUCACUAACCGGGCGUUGUGCUACCUGGCGCUUAAGCGCUACCGCGACGCCGUCGGUGACUGCGACGCGGCCCUAGCCCUGGACGGCGUCAACGUCAAGGCGCUCUACCGACGUGCACAGGCCUACAAGGAGCUCAAGAACAUGACCGGUUGCAUACAGGACCUGAAAGAACUGCUGGAGGUGGAGCCUACCAACAUGGCUGCCAUCAAGCUGUUACAGGAAGUACAACAACUACAACAGCAAGAACAACCCCCCAAACAACAAGCCCCGCCGCCCCAGGAGAAGAAGAAAAAAACAAGAAACCGGAAGAAGUGA